GAAUGAAUUCAAACAUUUGCCUAAACCAAAUGUUCAAAUGGGAUAUGUUGCUGUUGGUUUCGGGUUCGGAUUUGCUCCAAAAAGCAAUGAUUACAAAGUAGUGAGGGUAGUUCAACAUGAGAGGAAAUUCGAUUCGCAUGCUGAGGUUUACUCGUUGAAUCGAGGUUCAUGGAGGAGAGUUAAAGAUGAUUCGUGUUCGAGUAGUAGUGCCUGGAUGAAUAGAAUUCUCCAAGGUGUUGUAACUGUUGAUCUGGAGAAUGAAGUGACUACUGAGGAGGAACGUAUGAGCUUCGAUCAUAAAAAUCACCAGGCAGAUCAUAGAAGGAAGCAUUGUAGAACAAACACUUGGAGAGAUAACAGAGAUGCUAUAUUGUUGACUCUUCCUGUAGACGAACUGGUUUUAUCCGAGAGACCACGUAGCAAGAAAUAUAGCUACAGAUCAUCAAUAAAAUUCGAUUUUUCUGGGAGCCUUGUUUCACUCAGCAGAAAUCAUGACGAUCUUGGCUAAUAGGUUGGAAUCCUUUUGAAUCUUCUUGGUACUUUGGAUUUAAGUUAUAUGCACUGACUACGUGAAAAUCUUUUACACUGUCAAUUCAUAGUUACUUAUAUACUCUUUGCGUUUUGCUUUUGUUUCCAAAUCUGUCUGGUGCAUGGUGAAAUCGCGGCAUAUUAGGCCUUUGAAGAGCAAAAUUUUGAUACUGAGUAAGUAGCUUUUAGUCGCGUUUGUUCUGUUUUGCAGAUGUAGCUAAUGAUCAAGAACAAUAAUGAGUGGCGCGGCGCCAAUAAGUAUCAUCGGGUUUCCUUUUGUAGUCUCAACUAUUAAGUGUCAAUUGAGGCUUUUUAGAUAAUAACAGAGAAGCUUUAAGCACUUCUUGAUGAUCUUUUGAUGAU